GUUGCAUAUUGGUCAUCUGUUUGCGGUCUUGCUGGCGGUCCUGGCAUCUGUUGUCGGUUUGAAACAUGGCCCUGCCCGAGUGGACGCUGCCUGGGUGCUGCUCCGGGGAGAAAUGCUGCUCACGUUCCAGUGGCCAUCAGUAGAAGUGCUGCUGCUGUUUGCUGUGGGUUUGGCGGGCGCCAUCUGGCUCUACCAGGUACUGUUCUGUCCGAUGGUGCUCUCCCGCCAGCUCGGUGACCUUGGCUACCACCCCGACGGCAAGAGGAACAUGAAAGCUUUCGCUAACGAUGUACGCAGGCGGCGGCAGAGGGGGCAUCUCCCGCCGGUCUUCCCCAACGGCUGGUGGGGGAUCCUCGAGUCUCGCUUCCUACAGCGGGGACAGGUCAAGGAGGUUGUCGCCUUAGGACAGCACCUUGCUGUGUUUCGCCAGGAAGAUGGGACAGUGUCUGUAGUGGACGCUUACUGCCCGCACCUGGGGGCUAACCUGGGCGUGGGGGGCAGGGUGGUCGGGAACUGUAUUGAGUGCCCCUUCCACGGAUGGCGGUAUCGGGGAGAGGACGGGAAGUGCAUGCAUAUUCCGUAUGCUGCUAAAGUUCCAGACGUUGCCCGUGUGAAGUCGUGGAGGUGUCUGGAGCGAAACGGCAGCAUCUACGUCUGGUACCACUGUGACGGAGAGGAGCCCUCCUGGACACCCAAAACCAUCGAGGAGAUACAGAGCGGGGAAUGGACGUGCCGGGGAUUCUCUGAACACUUCAUCAACGCACAUGUGGAGGAGAUAUCUGAGAACGGUGCAGACGUCGGCCACCUGAACCACCUCCACGGGCCGGGCGUGACGGCAGGGAACGACCUGCGCCACAUCUGGUCAUCCCUGGCCGGUUUCCUCACACACAGGUGGGAGGCCGACUGGCAGCAACUCCCUUCACCUGACACACAGUUUGGCACCAUGACAGUGGAGAUGGACGUGUAUCUCUUUGGCCACAGAAUCCCUGGGUCAAAUAUCAAGGCUCAUGCCCUACAGAACGGCCCAGGUGUGGUGUUCCUAUACAUUGAUGGUCCUCUGAUGAACCUGGUCCUGGUGAGUUCCAUCACUCCUGUGGAGCCCCUCCUGCUACACUACACACAGAGCAUCUAUGCCAGCCGCAGAACACCAACAUUUGUCGCCAAGACGGUUCAGUGGGGAGAAGCCGUACAGUUGGAACGAGAUGUUACUGUUUGGAACAACAAGUCUUAUCCAGCCAAGCCCGUAUUGGUGAAGGAAGACGCUGCCAUCGUUCGCCACCGUCGCUGGUACUCGCAGUUUUACAGUGAAAAUAGCCCGCGAUUCACAACCCAUAGAACAAGCUUGGACUGGUAACAUUUGACAUGGUAACAACAAAAGUUCUGCCAACUACGCUGAGGAAUUGCAAACCAAUCAGUCUUAAAAAUGUUUUAAGAAAAGUCCACUGACUUAUGAAAUUGAACAUAAUAUGAAUAUAGUCAAAUAUGAAUAUAGAUUGAACAAAGAAUGUUUUUGUUCUCAAUAAGUGUUCUGUUGAUGCAGAAGUGUGAAGGAUCUAAUAUUAUGUGUAUGU